GAAAGCGCCGUCCAUGUUAAACUGGAGCUUUGUUUUUCUAUGCAAAAGGGCAACUGUUUUAAGCAGAUUUAAUCGCUUGAUUGAGCUAUAAUACCGUCUGUCAUUGAUGUAGUAAAUAGGCAAAGGUUUCCAAGUUUUUAUUGUCACUUAUUUGUCGUUUUUGAUUGWUAUUCGUUUGUUGAUUAAAGUCUUGAUCAGCAAUGUCAUAGUUCAUACGAAAGUUGGCCAUGUCAUCUGAUAUCAAGCCAAAGUCUCCCAAGAAGAAGGCGGACUUAAAAGUUGUAAUCUUGGGAGAAUCAAAUGUGGGCAAAACAUCACUUAUCCAGCGUUACAUUGAAAGAGUGUUCGAAGAGGAUCCACAGAGUACGAUCGGAGCAUCAUUCUUUCUUAAACAAUGGGGGCCGUACAAUGUAGCUAUAUGGGAUACUGCUGGGGAGGAGAAGUAUUCCAGCCUGUCAUCUUUCUACUGCCGAGGGGCUUCAGCAGCUAUUGUAUGCUAUGACAUCACCAAGGCAUCAUCACUCACCACCCUGCACAACAGACAUUUACACCUGCUACAAUCUGCAGAACCAAACUGUCUUAUAGUCAUUGUAGGGACCAAGAAAGACCUUAUUGCUUCAGAAAGCAGGGCUGUUAGCGAACAAGCAGGCAAAGAACUUGCUGAACAACAAAAUGCAAACAAGACUAGACCACUUACAAGCUUAACUCAGGUUCCUUUCUUUGAAACUAGUUCAAAAACUGGAGAAAAUGUAGACAAUGUUUUUGAUUUUAUCUUACAAAGUUGUCUUCCUCUGAAUGACAGUGCAAUGGCCGACAUGUACACUAGAAAGAAUACUGGAGUUGACUUAGAUAAAAAAACAUCUUCUAGGGAUUCUACACAAGGAAAGUGCUGUGGUAGCUGAUUUAAAAAAAAUGAAUGAAUUUACAAUUAAUUAAUUUGAAUUUCAAUCUCCCUGUCACAUUUAUGUCUUAUACCAAUAAUUUUGUUUUAAUAAAUACAAGAUUUAUUAUAUUAA